AUGUCGCAAGUCUCCGGUCUUGUCAAGGACUCGAAGCUCCAUACCAAGCUCGAUGCAGAGCUUACAACGCACACUUUUCUCGAAUCAACGUUAGUCGACGGUCGGCGCGGAAGACGUCGUGAGCGCGAGGAAUUGUGGAAGAAGAAACGUGAUCUUGGCAUUGGCAUCUUCGGUACUGUGUGGUUGGAAGAAUGUGUCAGUGAAGGCAAGCUCCGGGCCGUUAAGGAAGUGCGCAAGUCGGUCCCAGGAUCGAGGUCUAUGGAUUAUAAUCGCGAGCUAGAAGCCAUUGCUCGAUUCUCGCAGCAAAAGUAUGACGGUUGUUUUGUGAAAUCAUCGGGCUGGUUUGAGAACACUGAAUGUCUGUUUAUCGCAAUGGAGUAUUUCCCUCUUGGGGAUCUGCAGAAGUAUAUGACGCAGCUAUUUCAGGAAAGAGAAGCACAGCAGAUUACCUUCCAGCUUCUCGAGAGUCUUGACUUUAUGCAUAGCAACGGGUUCGCUCACGGUGACCUGAAGCCUCAGAAUAUUUUCGUGUUAUCUACAGGUCCAGAUUGGUGGGUAAAGAUCGGCGACUUCGGGAUCAGCAAGCGCUCGAUGGAAGGGUUUACGGGUCUACAAACGUUCAAUGGCAUGCCCGCCUUUACUGCACCAGAGGUGUAUGAACAGCUAUGGGGUCCAUCCCCAGAAAGCGCAGCGUCCGGAUCAGACUAUUGCCCUGAAAUCGAUAUAUGGGGUCUGGGCGUGAUCACUUACUACCUGCUCUCUGGGAAAUUUCCUUUCUCUGGCAAAAGUGAUCUACUCGAGUACUAUAGAGGGAAUUCGAUAAUGCCUUCUGACUCGUCUCAUUCUCCGGUCAGCCCAAAAGCCACGUCCUUUUUGGCAAGCAUGAUGGCUGCAAGCCCGGCAGAUCGCCCUACUGCCAGAGAUGCCCUGGACCAUGCCUGGUUAAUACCAAUGCUGCAGGACUCACAGCCCGACAGCCCAAACCAGACUGCCCCAGCUAUCCAAGAUACAGCUAAGGGUGCUGAUGCUUCAAACCCACGAAUACUAUCCACCACCCAAGAUUUUUUGCACCCGGGUGAGAUUGACUUAACGCCUGAUGCCCCGAGGAAACAUAGCUUCGGAACAGAAAGGACACAGCAAAUGCGAACCAGUCUGGGUAUCGACGGCGACAUGUACAAGCAGCUCAUAGAUACCCUGAAUGAUGCAAUACUGACUCCAACAACAAGUCCUAUUACGAACUCCAAUCAAAUCUACAACGGCCAUCCAUCAAUAGACACUGAUACAAUCGCUCCCUCUCAAUCCAGCGACUCUCGACCUAGCGAACCCACCCUCCAUACUUCUCAUACUCGAACAGUCUCGGAGAAAUUGCCUUCUGUUAACCUACCCUCAUAUAACCGUCGAAGAUCCGACGAUGCUCCAAUCCCAAUCUCCGAGCUCUCGCGCGUAACCCCUAUGUCAGGGAGUCCGAUUUCGAGUAGCUCGAGCACAAGUAUCAGCAAUAGCUCAAACCGGUUUUCAGAAAGGAUUAGACGGGUAUCUCGCGGUAUUAUGCAGAAGCCAAAUGGACUUGUUCGGGAUCAUGUGCCGACUUCGCCCAUUUCUCCCAAUUCAAGCUCGAGUACUAGAAGUAAGAAAUCACAAUCUAGCGAUAUUCCUCAUCGUCCUCAAUUUGCAGAGGGAUUGCCCAUGUUUCCUAUUCGAACUGACAAAGGGCAGAAGGGUCGGGGACAAGAGUCUAAGUGGGGAUCAUAG